GAGCAGCCUGUAAAGCCAGAGGACUGAAGUGUGAUAAGGAGGGGCUUGUAUAUUCCAAAAAUUCAGCACAGUAAGCUAGUGACACUGCAGCAUCCCUUAAAGCCUUGUGAACAGCCUCCACCUCUUGGACUGCAAAGAGAGACAGCAGCUUCUAGGAUGAAUCUUCCCAUCCCAUUGUCAUCCAGUGCUUGGGGAUAAUUCUUGGACAGGGUCUGAUAUUUCUGACUGGGUCCUGGAUUCCAUAGCAUGUUUGGAAUAUAAGAAGAAAUCAUUCUACAGACACAAAUUAGACUCUGUACCUUCAUUUAUCAGAGAACUCUCACAGUCCUGUAAUGGGAAACCAUGAUUGAUCCCUUCACUGAGCAGAGAAAUAGAACAUUUUCCAAGCGCAAAAUUCUGCAAGGGUAUAGUACAAAGGACCCUACUCUGCCUAGGAUUUGAUGCUCUGGAAAUGCAAGGACACUGCUAACAGCUUGCUUCUGAGCAAUGCUAACCUGAGUACUCUCUGCCCUUGGGUGGACAUAAAGGUUAUGGGAAUUCAAUAGCUAGUGCGCAGUGCUUUUUUGCUUGCUUUUUCAUUGUGAAUAGAAUUUUAUACCAAGUUCCUGAAGUGAUGGCAUCAGAAGUUGUAUGUGGACUCAUCUUCAGAUUGCUUCUCCCACUAUGCCUGGUUGUUGCAUGCAUGUUCCGGUACAGCGGAAUAUCAUUUGUCUACCUCAUCUACCUCUUGCUUAUUCCCUUGUUUUCAGAGCCCACCAAGAUAACAAUGCAAGGACAUACAGGACGGUUAUUAAAAUCCUUAUGUUUCACCAGUCUUUCAUUCCUGUUGCUGAACAUCAUCUUCCAAAUAACAGUAAACAGCCUCGAGGCCAGAAAAAACAUCAACCCUCAGUAUAACUGUACAACGUGGGAGAAAUCAUUUCGACACAUAGGCUUUCAAAGCCUCAAGGAUACAGACACUGGCAAUGGAAUCCGAUUGUUUGUACCAGAUAUUGGGAUGUUUAUUGCCAGCUUGGCCACUUGGCUGUUUUGCAAAAAACUUGUCCAGCAAACAGUGACUGAAGAGGACGCACAGUACAACUCUCAGUUUGUAAAUGAAGAAUUGACAGAAGCAGGGAAGAUAGACAUGGACGAUGCAUUAAUGUAUGAAGAAGGUUUUGAUGGAGAAGAUGAUGUGAAUGAAGAGGCAGAAGAAAGCACUAGGUUAAAAAUUCUUCGCAAAGUCGCCUCAUUAGCCUCAAAGCUUAAAGAAUUUAUUGGCAACAUUAUAGCCACCGCUGGAAAAGUAGUAGUUACCAUUUUACUUGGUAUAACAGGCAUGAUGUUGCCUUCUUUAACCUCAGCUGUGUAUUUCUUUGUAUUUUUGGGGUUAUGCACAUGGUGGUCCUGUUGCCGAGUAUUUGAUCCGCUGAUAUUCAGCUGUCUAUGUGUAUUAAUGGCCAUAUUCAGUGCAGGUCACUUGGUUGGACUGUAUCUUUACCAGUUGCAGUUUUUUCAGGAGAUAAUUCCACCUAAUGAUUUUUAUGCCAGGUUAUUUGGUAUUACUUCAUUAGUUCAAACUGAUUGUUCAAGCACAUGGAAAUUCUUUGCAACUCCCCAACGAAAUUGGUACCACUUUACGAAUCCUGUUGUCCUUUUAGGACUGUAUUACACACUGGCAACACUCAUACGUCUUUGGCUGCAGGAGCCUGUUAUAAGCUAUGAAGACAAUAAAGAAGAUGAAGAAGGGGAAAAGGAAGGAGAGUACAGCCCAGCCCCUCUAACUGCAGAAAGAAGACGCAGUCUGUGGUAUGCCACCCACUAUCCCACAGAUGAAAGAAAACUUCUUUCCAUGACCCAAGAUGAAUUCAAGUCAUCUGAUGUAUUACUUGUAACAGUUAAUGGGACUCCAGUUGAUUACCAUACGAUAAAUACAUCACUUCCUAUAGAAAAUGGACCAACUAAAAUAGAUAUGUACUCCACACCACAAUACAAGUGGGAGCACAAUGAUGAAAUCUCAGAAAAGAAAGAAGAGGAAGAAGAAGAAGAGAUGGAGGUGGAUGUUUCUGAAAAAAAAGAAAAUACCAAGGUUCACGUCAUGGUUGUUGCAUUACAGUUCAUCAUGAAGCAAAGCUAUAUAUGUGCUCUUAUUUCUAUGAUGGCAUGGAGCAUCACGUACCACAGUUGGUUAACCUUUGUGUUGCUUAUUUGGUCAUGUGCCCUCUGGAUGAUUCGCGAUAGGAGGAAAUAUGCCAUGAUUAGUUCACCCUUCAUGGUCAUCUAUGGCAAUUUAUUAUUAACUUUACAGUAUAUAUGGAGCAUAGAGUUGGAUCCAGAACUAAGUGAAGUUUCAGGUCUUCUUGAAAGAAAAAAACCAGAAGAGCUUGCAUCAAAGAUCCUUUUUAAUGUUACAUUCUGGCUUUUGCUCAGACAACACCUUACUGAGCAAAAUCAGUUAAAGGAAAAGGAAGCGACUUUAUCAGAAAUCAAAGUUGGAAGCCAAGAAAAAGAAGAUGAAGUCCAAAAAAGUGAAGAAGAAGAAGUAGAUGAUCAAAAUGAUAUCAUGAAGGUGCUAGGAAACAUGGUGAUGGCAAUGUUUGUUAAGUACUGGAUUUACGUUUGUGGAGGAAUGUUCUUCUUUGUGAGUUUUGAAGGAAAAAUUGUCAUGUACAAAAUCAUCUACAUGAUGCUCUUCCUUUUCUGUGUGGCAUUGUAUCAGGUUCACUACGAAUGGUGGAGGCGGAUUUUGAAAUACUUCUGGAUGUCUGUGGUAGUUUACACCAUGUUGGUGCUUAUCUUAAUUUAUACAUACCAGUUUAAAGCCUUCCCACCCAUUUGGAUGAACAUGACAGGAUUAAAUAAAGAGAAGCUGGCAGAUCUUGGUUUAGAAACAUUUACUUUGGGUGACCUGUUUACUCGUAUAUUUAUCCCAACCUCUUUUUUGUUGGUGUGCAUUUUACACCUCCAUUACUUUCAUGACCAUUUCCUACAACUUACAGACCUUAAGGCUGUAACCAGCAAACAGGACAACACAAUUUACAGAUUGGUACACCCAGAGGGAAGUUUGCCUGAUAUAACCAUGAUGAACUUAAAUACAGAGUCUGAAAUGCUAGACAAGGAAGAGAAACAGGUGGACAUAUACGCACAACAGAAAACACAUGAUCAGGAUUCAGGGGAUGAGUGGGAGAAAGAAGAUAAUAAAGGGCGAGGAGAAGGAGGAGGAGAUACUGAGGAGGAGGAGCCAGAGACAGAAGAAUCUGAAGAAGAGGAGGAAACAACAACAGAUUCCAGAAAUAAAUGGCACUUGGUUAUCGACCGUUUAACAGUUCUUUUCCUAAAGUUUUUGGAAUAUUUCCAUAAAAUGCAAGUCUUUGCUUGGUGGGUCCUGGAACUUCACAUAAUAAAAAUAGUUUCUUCGUACAUCAUAUGGGUGACUGUAAGAGAGGUUUCCCUUCUCAAUUAUGUAUUUUUAGCUGCUUGGGCCUUUGCCUUGCCCUAUUCCCAGUUUCGGCCAUUAGCAUCCAGUGUUUGUACUGUUUGGACGUGUGUCAUCAUUGUAUGUAAAAUGUUGUAUCAGCUUUCAACUAUAGAUCCAAAGACCUUCUCUAGCAACUGCGAAAAGCCUUUAGACAAUCAGACAAAUAUUGUUAACAAGACCGAACUUCAGCUCUCACUUCUGUACAGUGGUCCAAUUGAUCCAUCCGGUUGGGUUGGAUUAACAAAGUCAAAUCUACUUCUUGUCUAUUUACGGAAUAAUUUACUGAUGUUAUUUAUAUUGGCCUUUGAAGUAACUAUAUACAGACAUCAAGAGUAUUACAGGUGUCGAAACAAGCUGACUGCACCAGUCACAAAAACUAUUUUUCACGAUAUAACAAGGCACCAUCUGGAUGAUGGAAUAAUUAAUUGUGCCAAGUAUUUCAUAAAUUACUUUUUCUAUAAGUUUGGGAUGGAGACCUGCUUCCUACUGUCUGUUAAUGUAGUUGGCCAAAGGAUGGAUUUUUUUGCCAUGGUCCAUGCACUUUGGCUAAUAACCAUACUGUUUAAACGAAGAAGAAAAGCAAUUGCUGAAAUCUGGCACCGAUAUUGCUGUUUUCUUGCUUGUAUGAUUACACUCCAGUAUUUCUUAUGUAUUGGCAUUCCUCCUGCUCCAUGUAAAGACUAUCCUUGGAGACACUAUGGAGCCAAAUUUAACUCCAACAUUAUAAAAUGGCUCUACUUUCCCGACUUUAUUGUGAGACCAAACUCUUCAUUUCUUGUCUAUGAUUUUAUGCUGUUGCUUUGUGCAUCUCUUCAACGGCAAGUGUUUGAAGAUGAAAAUAAGGCAGCAGUUCGAAUUAUGGCAGGGGACAAUGUGGAAAUCUGCAUGAAUCUUGACGCUGCAUCCUUUAGCCAACAUAAUCCUGUUCCUGAUUUCCUCCACUGCAGAUCCUAUUUGGAUAUGACCAAAGUGAUCAUGUUCAGUUAUCUCUUCUGGUUUGUUCUCACCAUUAUAUUCAUUACGGGAACAACCCGAAUCAGUAUAUUCUGCAUGGGCUAUUUAGUGGCAUGUUUCUACUUCCUCUUGUUUGGAGGAGAUUUACUCCUUAAACCCAUACGGAGCAUUUUGCGCUACUGGGACUGGCUAAUCGCAUACAAUGUCUUUGUUAUAACAAUGAAAAAUAUAUUAUCGAUAGGAGCCUGUGGUUACAUACACCACCUGAUCGCAAACAGUUGCUGGUUAAUUCAGGCAUUCAGUCUGGCAUGUACUGUGAAAGGUUAUAACAUCCCUACGGACCACAAAAAUUGUCAGUUGCCAAGUGGUGAAGCUGGAAUAAUCUGGGACAGUAUCUGUUUUGCUUUUUUGUUAUUGCAAAGGAGAGUUUUUAUGAGUUAUUACUUCCUACAUGUUGUGGCAGACAUCAAAGCUUCUCAAAUACUUGCAUCAAGAGGUGCAGAACUCUUUCAGGCAAUAAUUGUCAAAGCUGUCAAAGCAAGACUUGAAGAGGAAAAAAAAUCCAUGGACCAGCUAAAAAGGCAGAUGGACCGUAUUAAAGCCAGACAAGAAAAAUAUAAAAAAGGUAAAGAAAGAAUGCUAAGUCUGGCUCAGGAAUCGGGAGAAGGUCAAGAAAUCCAAAAACAGGAAGAUGAUGAUGAUGAAGGAGAAGCAGACAAAGAGAAAGUCAAGGGCAAAAAAAAGCAGUGGUGGCGGCCUUGGGUUGAUCAUGCUUCCAUGGUCAGAAGCGGUGAUUAUUAUUUAUUUGAGACGGACAGUGAAGAGGAAGAAGAUGAUGACAAUAAAGAUGACGAUGAACUAAGGAAGAAAUCUGCUUUCCAGAGAGCUAUUGGAAAAUUUGCUUCAGCCAUUUUAGCCUUGCCAAAGUCUGUCAUUAAACUGCCUAAAACAAUUCUUCAAUAUUUAAUCAGAGCUGCAAAGUUUAUUUAUCAAGCCUGGAUUACAGAUCCUAAAACAGCCCUGAGACAAAGGCGUAUGGAAAGCAAAGAAGAAAAACAGAGGGAAAUGAGACGCAAGGCAACCUCAGAAGGUCACAUUAUUAUAGAAUGUGAAGAUAAAGAAGAAGAUCGUGGCAAAAAAAAGUCAGAUGGUCCAGAUAACAUCAUUAAAAGGGUAUUCAACAUUUUGAAGUUUACGUGGGUCCUUUUCCUUGCCUCACUUGAUAGCUUUACUGCCUGGCUCAAUUCCAUUUCACGAGGGCACAUUGAUAUCUCAACAGUACUAAGGAUAGAGCGCUGUAUGCUGACAAGGGAGAUUAAAAAGGGUAAUGUUCCUACUCGAGAAAGCAUUCACAUGUAUUAUCAAAACCACAUCAUGAUGGCGCUUUCAAAGGAGUCAGGACUAGACAGAGAUGAUGAUGAGCCUGAUCCAAAAUCAUCUCAUGCAAACAAUGGCAAAAUCUCCAGUAAAAGAAUGGAUAGUGCAGAUUCUGCUGCUUCGCAUGACAGCUUGUCCAGCUGCAACACUGAAGCAACCAUGCUGUUCUCAAGGCAAUCUACGCUUGAUGAUUUAGAUGGACCAGACUCUAUACCAAAAACAAGUGAGCGUGCGCGACCUAGGCUUCGUAAAAUGCACAGCAUGGACAUGUCCUCUUCAUCUGCUGACAGUGGCAGUGUAGCAUCCAGUGAGCCAACACAGUGCACUAUGGUCUACUCAAGGCAAGGUACAACUGAGACCAUUGAGGAGGUAGAGGAUGAGCAAGAGGAAGAACACAAGAGUCCAGUUACUAGAACGGAAGUGGAGGAUGAAGAAGAAGAAGAAGAAGAAGAAGACUAUAGUGCUGACCUAGAGGGAACUAGCUAUACACCCGACACAGAUAUGCAUUUAUAUGCAGCAGAUGGAGACCUUCCACCAUCCUACAGCAAAGCGGUUAGCUUUGAGCAGCUUUCAUUCACUUCCCGUGAUGAGUCUGCUGAUAAUAAUCUCAUGGUUUUAAGCCCUGAUGAAAGCCACAUCGACAAGUUGCAUGAUACUCUACUGCCACCUCUUACACACGAAUUAACUGCUAGUGAGCUGCUUCUAAACAAAAUGUUUCAAGAUGAAGAGCUAGAAGACUCAGAAAAGUUUUACGUUGAACAGCCACGCGUGCUGCAACUAAUUUAUGCCUUAUACAACACAUUGGUGGCCAGAUCGGAAAUGGUGUGCUAUUUUGUUAUUAUCCUCAAUCAUAUGAUUUCUGCUUCUAUGAUAACACUGGUGCUGCCAAUCCUAAUAUUUCUGUGGGCCAUGCUAUCUGUGCCACGACCUAGCAAACGUUUUUGGAUGACUGCAAUUGUAUAUACGGAGGUGACUAUAGUGAUCAAGUAUUUCUUUCAGUUUGGAUUCUUUCCCUGGAACAUCAAUUUGGAAUUAUUCAAAGAUAAACCUUACCACCCUCCCAACAUAAUUGGUGUAGAAAAAAAAGAAGGCUAUGUCCAUUAUGAUCUGGUUCAGCUACUUGCUUUAUUUUUUCACAGAUCUAUCUUAAAGUGUCACGGUCUUUGGGAUGAGGACGAGGUAACUGACAAUACCACCCACAAGGACGAAUCAGAUGGUGAGAUGUCAGAAGCUUCUGGAAGAAGAGAUUCUGUUGGAUCAAUGAAAUCAGUCAAUCUUGCAGCCUCUGCAGAGUCUAUCCAUGUUCACUUCCCAGAAGACAGGACAGUUGUGAGAAGAAAAAGUUCUAGUAGUGGAUCUCAUAUAUCUCGCAGGUCCAGUUACUCCUCACACAACAGAUCCAAGAGAGGUAGCACCAGCACUCGAAACAGCAGCCAGAAAGGCAGCAGCAUAUUAAGUGUGAAACAGAAAUCCAGAAAAGAACUUCUUUUGGAAAAGCUUCGAGAGCAACUCAUCAAAGCAAAAGCAUUUACUAUUAAGACAGUCCUUCAAAUAUACUUGCCAAUCCGACAGUUCUUCUACAAUCUCAUUCAUCCAGACUACAGUGCUGUGACAGAUGUCUAUGUGUUAAUGUUCCUGGCAGACACAGUAGACUUCAUCGUUAUUGUGUUUGGCUUCUGGGCAUUUGGAAAACAUUCAGCAGCAGCAGACAUCACUUCAUCAUUGUCAGAAGACCAGGUCCCGGAGGCAUUCCUAGUGAUGGUGUUGAUCCAGUUUGGUACCAUGGUUGUGGAUCGCGCGCUCUAUCUUAGAAAAACUGUCAUGGGAAAAGUCAUUUUCCAAGUCAUCCUGGUAUUUGGAAUACAUUUUUGGAUGUUUUUCAUUUUGCCAGGCGUAACAGAAAGGAAGUUUAGCCAGAACAUUGUUGCCCAACUGUGGUAUUUUGUGAAGUGUAUCUACUUUGGACUUUCUGCAUAUCAAAUUCGUUGUGGAUAUCCUACACGUGUGCUUGGGAACUUCUUGACGAAGAGCUACAAUUAUGUCAAUCUGUUCCUAUUCCAAGGGUUUCGCUUGGUGCCAUUUUUAACUGAGCUACGAGCUGUCAUGGAUUGGGUAUGGACUGACACCACACUCAGCCUUUCCAGCUGGAUCUGUGUGGAAGAUAUUUAUGCUCAUAUAUUUAUACUAAAAUGUUGGCGAGAAUCUGAAAAGCGAUAUCCUCAGCCCCGUGGUCAGAAAAAGAAAAAAGUUGUGAAAUAUGGAAUGGGCGGCAUGAUUAUCGUUCUUCUGAUUUGUAUUGUCUGGUUCCCUCUAUUGUUCAUGUCUUUAAUAAAGUCAGUUGCUGGAGUCACAAACAAGCCCCUGGAUGUCUCCAUAAAAAUCACCCUGGGAGGAUAUCAACCUAUUUUUACCAUGAGCGCUCAACAAAACCAGCUUAUAGAUAUGACGGAGGGCAUGUACAACAGAUUUAAAAAACACAAAGACACCACUGCUCUUCAGUUCUUGGAAGCCUAUGCAUCAGAAGACAUUAUUAUUGCAGAACUAGAAGGAAAUUCGAAUUCUCUAUGGACCAUUAGCCCUCCGAGCAGAGCAAUGAUGAUAGAAAGCAUUGCAGAUUUAACUCAUGAAUUCACAUUGGUUGUUUCCUGGGCUAUUCAUAGGAACAUGAGUCUUGGAGCCAAUGCAGAGAUCUCGGGUGAGAAACAUACCGUUUCAUUGUCGAAUGAAACACGAACAGCCCUGGCCAACAUGUUGAAACUAAACACUUCAACUCCAGUAACACUUGAAAAAAUGUAUCCAUGGUACAUAAAAGCACCAAAAGAUUCAGUUGCAAGACCCAUUCUGCAACUCCUUAAAGGCCAAACAUUUGUAAAUAUUAGCGUCUCUCUAAAAAGAGAUGUUAUUGGAGCUAGUGUUCAAGAAUGGUGGGUCCUCAAUCAAUCCAAUAAGAACUUUGUCGACAAAACUGGCUUGGAAUUAAUUGUUUUCAGCGAUAAAGUCAGCCCUCCUAGUUUAGGAUUCUUAGCAGGUUAUGGAAUAAUGGGACUGUAUGCCUCUGUGGUACUUGUAAUUGGAAAAUUUGUCCGUGAGUUCUUUAGUGGGAUAUCUCAUUCGAUCAUGUUUGAAGAGCUACCAAAUGUGGACCGUAUAUUGAAACUGUGCACCGACAUUUUCCUAGUCCGAGAGACCGGGGAACUGGAACUGGAAGAAGAUUUAUAUGCCAAACUAAUAUUCUUAUACCGCUCACCAGAAACUAUGAUCAAAUGGACAAGAGAAAAAAAUAAAUGACUUUCAUGAACUCAGUAAUUCAGUUGACUUUCCCUGGAUUAUUGAAAAGCACAAUGUUAUCAUUGCUCUCAUAAGAGCAUAGACUCCUGUAAUGAAGAAACUGUUUUUCCUCUUACAGUACUCAGUAGCAGCACACCAACAGGGACAGUACAGGAGAUCUAUUAUUUUAUUUGGUCUAAAAAAACAACUUUAUCACAGUUACCUUUUUGUUAGAAGAGCUACAGAAGCUACAUUGCCUAAAGAUGUGACACCUACAAAAUGAUGGUAGGAAUACAGUGACGAUUGGGCUGUACAAGCUUUUCUUCAAGAUUGAUAACUUUUAGAAUGUGCAAUAUGCUGCUUUACAGUGUCCUAAGCCCUCGACAUUGCAAUAUGGCGAUUCUUUUCAUUCUGUCAAGAAGUGCAGCAGAAGGUCGUGCAGUGACUGUCCAUUUGCCUGUGAUACGGAAACAGAUUAUUUAUGCAUUAAAGCCUCGAUGGACGUAGAAAACGUUAAAAAAAAAAAA